AAGAGUUUGAAGUGAGUAGUGUACACUGUGAAGCUGAGUAACAGGGGCGAUGACAGCUGGGGCUCGGAGCAUUCUACAGAACUGGGUACAGAGGCUUUACGGUCCUCUCACCCGGCUCACCGGAAGGAGUUACUCCAGGGCUACACACACUCAUAUCCCAGUGAAGUUCACCUUGUUGGGGAAAGGUCUUGUGCUGUCAUCCCUCUCGGUCCUGGCCAUGGAAUCGUACAGUUCGAAGAGCAAGCAUGCUGAAGUACAUGCCAGCAUUAAAGUGGAAGACAUACAGGAGCAAGCUGAUUAUCUUCAUGGCAACGGAGAGACUGACAAGCUGUAUGAAUUUCUAAGCCAGUAUAAGAACAGUGAAGAUCCCGAACUUCUGUGGAGACUUGCCCGGGCGUCUCGGGAUCUGGCUCACCUCAGCAAAACUGCCCCUGAUGUGAAAAAGCGUCUGGUGUAUGAAUCCCGGGACUUGGCUAAGAAAGCGUUGGAACUGAAUGAGUCGUGCUCACCUGCUCACAAAUGGUAUGGCAUAUGCCUCAGUGAUGUGGGGGAUUAUGAAGGCACCAAAGUGAAAAUUGGGAACUCCUAUAUUAUAAGGGAGCACUUUCAGAGGGCCAUUGAGCUGAACCCAAAGGAUGCCACAACCAUCCAUCUCAUAGGCCUGUGGUGUUACAUGUUUGCUGAGCUGCCCUGGUAUCAGACUAAAAUUGCUGCAGCGCUGUUUGCUGCGCCACCAACUGCAACAUUUGAAGAGGCCUUACCAUACUUUGAGAAGGCUGAAGAAGUCGAUCCAAACUUCUACAGCAAAAACCUUCUGUACCUGGGCAAGACUUUCUUACAGCUGAAGAAAAAGGAACAAGCCUUACAGUGGCUGCAGAAGGCCAGAGAGUAUCCAUUACAGACAGAAGAAGAUAAAGAGGUCCACAAGGAGGCCACUGAUCUUCUGAAGUCAUUAGGAGAAAAAGUCUGAUGCUGGAUGUACCCCCUAAAUAGGAUCAUUCUACCCCAUAGGAAACCAUCUUCU